AUGGCCCUUACUUAUCAACUCAACUGCGUUGCACGGUGUGUGAUCAUCCGGGGCUUUCAUAUUUAUUCUUCUGACGGGAUACAGCAUGCUCCAAGGGUGUACCCACCUGUACCCAGCCGGCCAGAAAAAACCUGGUCAUGUCUGGGUUAUAACAGCAACGCUACUUUCACAAGAGCAACUUCCCAGGCUUCGUCACCGCUUGCCCCCAUCAUGAAUCCCGCCAACUAUCGUGCGAGGCUUUUCCUCGACUUUGUUCGCGUCAUUGGCCUACCGGUCGUCGUCUUUUCUCUUGCGUUGCGAUAUUUGCGGUAUCGACUUGGUCUUCUGGCGAUUCCUAUUCAUCUCAUAUUCGUAGUGCUAUGGGCCACUGCUAGCCACGCGUAUUUUGGGUGGAACCAGCAUCGACAAGCGCGGACUCUCGGAGCGAAACCUAUACCCCGCGUUGUCGGGAAAUGGCCGGGGAACAUCGACGUUUUGCUUAGAAUGAUGCGCGCGUUCAAGACGAGCUACGUUCUGGAUGUCUAUCUUCAGCUGUUUGAAGAAUAUCAAUGCACUACAUUGAACACUCGUAUCCUUUGGCGCGACAAUAUUAUAUCUAUGGACCAAGAGCACGCUAAGUUUGUCCUGGCAACUGGGUUCCAAUACUUUUCGAGAGGAAGGUCACAGAAGGAACGUCUGGAACUCUUCUUGGGCGAGGGUAUAUUUAACAGAGACGACGAGAUCUGGAAGAUGCAUCGGAAUAAUGCGCGCCCUUUUUUUGCCCGUGAACGCAUCUCCGACUUCGACAUCUUCGAACGUCAUACGGCACGGACUCUGUCAAUUUUAUCCUCCCUAGAGGCCUCGAACACGCCAUGCGAAGCUCAGGACCUGUACAGCCGCUUCACGCUCGAUGCUUCCUCGGAGUUCUUGUUUGACAAGAACCUGGACACGCUUUCUGCCACACUGCCCAGUCCGAGCAAGGCGGCCAUGGGGCCGAAGGGGUCUGCGACGGAGGACGGAUGGGGGUCAUUCACCAAGGCAUUCGAGAUGGCCCAACAGAACAUUACGAACCGUGCGCGGAUAGGUUCCAUGUGGCCGUUGUUCGAACUCUUUGAAGACAAGAACGAGGAACACUGCCGUGUCAUUCAACAGUUCCUGGAUCCACUUGUACGACAGGCGCUUGCAGACAAGAGUAGAAUGGAAAAGGCUGGUAUUUCCAGCCCCUUGCCGGACAAGUCCUUCCUGCAACACCUUGUGGAUAGCACAGAUGAUCCCAUCCUCAUUAGAGAUCAGCUAUUAAGCAUGUUGCUUGCAUCUCGCGAUACGACGGCCUGUGUCCUCACGUUCGUCACAUAUUUUAUGGCGGUCCACCCAGAGGUCGCCGCCAGAUUACGGGCCGAAAUUCUCGAACACUGCGGCCCAAGUCGACCCCCGACCUACGAGCAAUUUCGUCACAUGAAAUACAUGCGAGCUGUAAUAAACGAAACCCUACGCCUCUUCCCACCCGUCCCACUUAAUGUCCGCGAAACGCGAGACUCCCCAUGCAUUCUCCCACCUUCCGAUCCCACCUAUUCAACUUCCGGUCGAUCAGAUCCUCUAUACAUGCCGGCGAACGCCAUAAUUAUGUACCUGCCGCUCUUAACACAACGUAACCCCGCACUGUGGGGUGCUAACGCAGACGACUUCGACCCGGACCGCUGGAUCGAUCCUGAGCGUAUCGCGAAGUUCGUCGCAAACCCUGCGAUGUUCACACCCUUCAGCGCCGGACCUAGGAUAUGCAUCGGACAGAACUAUGCAUACAACGAGAUGUCGUACUUUCUCGUCCGUCUUUUGCAACGCUUCGACCGAUUCACGCUGGCAUCUGAGGUCCAGCCUCCGGAAUCUCUCCCUCCGAAAGAGUGGCAGAACCGAAAGGGCCGUCAGGCGUAUGAGAGAGUCUGGCCGAGCGCUGCCAUGACAUUGUAUGUCAAAGGCGGUCUUUGGAUCCAAUUUCACAAGGCGGGGUCAUGA